GACUUCCUGUUCACUGCUGCUCACAGAGCUCACUUCAGAGGGUUUGACAAGAGCUCUCGCUGACAACCGACGAGGGACCAACACAACAGAUCCUCUCUUCUCAUCUGAAGCCCAGCCGCACCUACAGGUGGGACACAUUUCUGCUGGAGGUGAUGAUGAUGAUGAACGAUGAACGAUGAUGAUGUGUUGUCAGUGUGCAGAGGCCGUUGGAGACAUGAACGUAUGUUACAUCCUGGAUGGGAUUCUCAUCCUUUACGGCGUCAUUCUCACCGUCUUAUACUGCAGGUUGAGGAUGAUUCCGUCCAAAAAAACAGCUGCCAAUCAGCCUGAGAAGCAGCCGGCUUCGGGAGGCAUCUAUGCGGGUCUGACCACUCACAGCAUUGAUGUCUACGAGACCAUCAAAAUGGAUAAAAAGCCGAUCGUCUGAAGGGUUUGGGUGCAGAGAGGAUGCCGAGCACAGAAACACUGCGUCGAACCCCUCAGAGCUUUAUACUGUAUAUUAAGUUGUGCCUGUGUAGAGUUUCUAUGACUUUUCUCUUUGUAAAAAUACUAUUUUUAUUCAGAAUACUAUAUGUGUGAAAUGUUAAAACUAAAUGAAUAUAAGAAGUUACUAAUAAAGCCAUUGUCAGUGUG